CAGUACGUAUGUUGACAUGACAGAACUAUGAAACAGUUUUUAGCAACAAAGACUGGAUUCGCAUUACCAGUCCUUCUUUGUAUGAUUAAAACACCUUUGGUGUCACAUUCAGCUCUAACAAUGAACUACAUGCUAUAUUGGCAGGCAAACCUCUCUCUUUUUUUAAAAGGCCUCUGUAUUGUAGCUGCACAUCAUGGAUGCAUGGGCCACUCUGAAGGGUUAAAAGGGCUUGAAGGGUAUAAUUUGGUAGCUCCUCCUCCGCUUCUGAAGUUCCUUACUGUUCAGCUCCCAGUCACAUCAACACAGGCUAAUGAAGCGCCACUCAUCUAUGGAGCAAAGGUUGUGAUUAUAGCAUGCUAGGAGGCUGACAGGGCUCUGCUUCCACCAGUCAUCAAACUGACCUGAGCGCUCCACUUGCCUGGGGGAAACCUUCAACAUCUGCUCUACACUACUUUGUUACAGCAGGUAAAAUGGUUUUAAAAAGUGUAGUCCAAGUGGUGGUUUCUUUAAGCUGCUUCCUACUUUAUCAGGCCACAUGCACACCUAUCCGAACAGACCCAAACCUUCGUUUUCAAUCCGCUUUCUCAGCUGCCAGGACAAGCAGCAUGUUGGGAGGGCCCCAGAAAUCUGUCACCUUCGACAAGCUGUUGGUUAACAUUGGGGAUGAUUUUAAUCCGGACUCAGGAAGGUUCCGAUGCAGGGUCCCUGGGGCUUACUACUUCUCUUUUACAGUGGGAAAGUACCCCAAAAAGCUGCUCUCAGUCAUGCUGGUCAAAAACAGGCAGGAGGUUCAGGCCAUUGUGUAUGAUGAGCACAACCAUAAAAACCGCAAGGUGCAAAGCCAAAGCAUCAUGCUCAGUUUGAAGGCCAUGGACACAGUGGAGCUUCUUCUGCAUGACAACCCCAGGUAUGCCUUAUACAGCAACAUGGGGCCGUAUACUACAUUUACUGGCUACCUGAUCUACCCAGACACUUCUGAUCUUUACCUAAGCAACCAUGUGGCUUCCCAGAACUUGGAAGACCAUGAUCACUCAGGGUGUCACUGCCACCAUCGAUCAGUUGUAGAAUCUCCGAAUACUCUGCAAUCAGACAGAGGGAAGGAUGAAGUCCCUCAAUCUGCGUUCUCUGUGGCCAGGACAAACUCGCUUCUUGGAGAGGACACCAGCAGACAGCACAGUGCCGCAAUCCCUUUCGAAAUGGAGUACGUUAACAUUGGAGGUCACUUCAACAUGUCGUCUGGGAUUUUCACCUGCCGUUUCCCAGGUGUCUACUACUUCUCCUUCAACGUUGGCAAGCACCCAUUGCGGGCCGUUUCUGUGAAGCUUAUGAAGAACUCCAGGGAGGUGCAGGCCAUGAUCUUUGACGAGGAUGACUCCAAGCAUAGGGAGAUGCAGAGCCAAAGUCUGAUGCUCUCUCUCCAGCAUGGUGACAUAGUUUGGCUCUACAGUCAGCAGCAUGGGCGCUUUGCCCUUUACAGCAACUACGGCAGGUACAUCACCUUUACUGGAUUCCUGGUCUAUCCUGACAACAGCCUGUUUCAUACUCAAAAGCAAACUUUCUAAUGUUCUAUUCUAAAACACAUAAGCCACUUUCUGGCACUCUCUCAUAUUAGAACUUUAUUCUUAUACUAUAUGUAGACUAUAUACUGGAACCCUGUUUAAUAUGUAUUGCAACCACUAUGUUCCAGACAAUUGCUGUAAACGUAUACAAUUCUGUGCUAUAUAUUGCCCAACUCUUUGAGCUCUAACAAUGCUUUGUAAGGAGGUUUAAAUAAUCUUUGGCCUUAAUGCCAACUGUGGAAAGCUGGCUGAUUAGCGAAUGCUACUGAAUCGUUAGUCAACAUGCUGGGGGAUGAUGCUUCCAAUAUAUUUUAUUCACAUUAAACUAUGUUAAAAAAAAACAACAAUUGAAUUAAAAAAAAAAUGUUAAUGUACAGUCAAAUAAAGAAAGUUUAACAAGGAACCAAGCUUCAAAUUCCCCAGAAACGUUCAUUGUUACACCAUUACAACCAAAAGAAAUGAUCAUAUCAUGUAUUAUUGACAACUUUUUUAAAUUAAUAAAAAUAUAUAAUGUAUUUCUGCUUAUUAAAUGGUGUUUUAAAUAAAUAAAAAUGAAAAAAUAAAUCCACUGUGAAGUACCAGAUAAUAAAGGAUGUACUGGGUAAAAAAACUAAAGAAAUAUAUAUAAAAUCUGGCAUUUACAAAAAUGAUGAAUAAACAACAUUUGCUAAUUUUUGUUUUGUAUAUAAACAUGCUCCAAAAAGAUACUCCAAUGUGUUGCUAUCACUUAAUGAUAAACAAAAUAAAGUUAGAAUCAGUUCAAGCAAAAAGCAGGAUAUCCCGGGUAUAAAUGCAAUGGUACCUUAUCAUGAUGUAGAAUUUGCAUUUAAUUUCAGAAAAUGCUUGAUGCAAGUUGCAGUGCAACACCAUAAUAAUAGAACAUCAAAAUUUCCAUUCUUUAUUCAUUUAAAAAAAGAAAAAAAGUUAAACAGGGCAACACUUUAGUCAAACGGCCUUCAUCGAUACUGAAACGGUCAUUAAAUAUAGUGGCCAAGUCACAAAUAAAUACCGUGAAAGUUUAUUGACAUUUCCCAAGCUUCAGCAGCCUAGCGUCAACAGUGCACCAUAGUGCACGUGCAACACCAACUUUAAAAAGAAAAUGUGUGCCGUGCACUACCUGUUCCUUUAUUUGGAUGCUGCGCUGUCUGAAUGUCAGUAAAGGGUUGCAAGACAUUCUUUCUCUCAGCCAGCCCGUUGCCAUGGCGAUAGUGUGUUUGUCAGUCAUGUGUGUGCUGUUCUGAAUCUCCAUUGGCUAUAGGUACGAAUUAUUGUGUUUUUCUGAAGUCAGCAGCCGGUACGACCCACUAGGUAGAGGUACCUUCAGUUUUUAUAAUUUUUUGUGUGAUCCAUCAAACAACUGACAGAUCCCCAAGCUUUAUAAAAAUGUAUUCUGCAUUAGCAUUUUGUGACAUUUGUGUUGUAUUUAGCAGCAAUUCAUAUCUAAGAACGGUAGCAGACAUAGAGGUGAAAGAAUUAAGGCAAUUAAAUUGAAGAAGUAGACAAAUAAUAACGGUUGCCUUAUUGCAGAUAUUUAACACCAGCUUAACAUCAAGUUAGAACUGUUCCGUCUGAACACAGAAGCCAAAUAUAUUAUGAAACUGCAGUGCAGGCAUGUGGAAUGUAAGAUUUGUUUCUCCAUUAGUUUAGACAUUGCAUAUUACAGCAUUUUUAUUA